ACUUGUCGCUUGUCUUGGUCGUGCGUGGAUUGGGAAUAGUGAAUCACAAGCGCAGCUGGAUGACCUCGCAAACCCUGUACAUUUAUAUAUAGCCGAUAACAAGUGCAGUUGUGAAAUAACUGAGUUUUUCACAAACGAGUUUGCGUAGGAACUUAAUCGGCUUGGAAAGACAGCGAUCAUUCUCUGCAGGAGUAGACCAGAAGUUUUUGCCUUUUUUAAGCUGGUUGUUCUUUCCAUCGCCAUGUCCUCCGGUGAUGUGUCAGAGCAGUGUCGGCGAUUCUGCGUGUUAUCUUGGGAGCAGGUGCAACGUUUGGACUCUAUUCUUGGCGAGACGGUUCCAGUUCACGGACGUGGAAACUUCCCGACGCUUUCGGUUCAGCCGCGACAGAUUGUUCAGGUGGUUCGAGCACGUUUGGAGGAGCGAGGCAUCACUGUUCGAGAUGUGAGGCUAAACGGCUCGGCCGCCAGCCACGUUCUGCACCAAGACACGGGGCUCGGAUACAAGGACUUGGACCUGAUUUUUGGCGUUUCGCUGUCAGACGACCAGGCCUUCCGUGUGGUGAAGGAUGUGGUCCUCGACAGCCUGCUGGACUUCCUACCCGAGGGCGUCAGCAAGGAGAGAAUCUCAGCACUUACUCUAAAGGAAGCUUAUGUACAGAAGUUGGUGAAGGUUUGCAACGACACCGACCGCUGGAGCCUCAUUUCGCUCUCCAACAACACCGGCAAGAAUGUUGAGCUUAAGUUUGUGGACUCUCUCAGACGCCAGUUUGAGUUCAGCGUGGACUCCUUCCAGAUAGCCUUGGACUCCCUUCUUCUGUUUGAUCGCUGUUCAGAGACGCCCAUGUCGGAGUGCUUUCACCCGACGGUGUUGGGCGAGAGCAUGUACGGGGAUUUCGAGGAAGCUCGUGGCCAUCUUUGCAACAAGGUCAUCGCGACGAGAAACCCCGAGGAGAUCCGAGGAGGCGGGCUUUUGAAAUACUGCCACCUUCUGGUGCGAGGGUUUCGGCCGACUUCAGAAGCGGAGAUGAAAUCGCUCCAGCGGUACAUGUGCUCCCGGUUCUUCAUUGACUUUUCGGACAUAGGCGAACAGCAGCGAAAGCUUGAGGCAUACCUGCAGAAUCACUUUGCUGGAAUGGAGCACAAACGGUACGACUGUCUGGUCACGUUAUACCACGUGGUCAAUGAGAGUACGGUGUGCUUGAUGGGACACGAACGACGGCAGACGUUAAAUCUUAUCUCUAUGCUCGCACUGAGGGUGCUGGCCGAACAGAACGCCAUCCCAACAGUUACCAACGUCACAUGCUAUUACCAGCCAGCGCCCUACGUGCGAGACAUCAACUUCAGUAACUACUACAUCGCUCACGUGCAGCCGCUAGUGCACACCUGCAGUAGUUCCUACCCGACGUGGCUGCCCUGCAACUGACCCUGAGUACCUCAGGGUUCAGCCCUCGUACCUUCCCAUGUGGUGAAGAAGAUAUGCAAGCAAGUGAAUACAUGAACAGUUUUUUCCAAACACAAAAAUUGAAAAUUUUUUUGAAAAAAAAAAAAAAAUAAAUGUGACAUAUAUAGAAUGACUGUUCACUGCUGUAUGUCUGAUUUGAGCCGAUCCUUACGUAUUCUGUUCUGCAGAGUGAAUGAAGAUCUUUUUCACAUGUAGCAGGAAAAAAAAAAAGUUUUUUUUUUUUUUCUUUUAAACGCAUUAUAGAUUCAGUUAAACUCUCGCAGGUUAUGUAAGUGGGGAAAGAAGGCUGCAUUCGUUGUGAAGCUAUAUACGUUUUAUUUUUUUGCCAGACUGUGGUUUCAAUCAACCUCUGUUUUGCUUUUUGGUUUUUUAAGGACCAAAGAUAUUUUACUUUCGUCGUUAAAAAAGAAAGGAAUGUUUGCUGUUGUAAUUCCAAGUGCCUAAAAACAUUGUACAAAAAAAAGUGAGACCUGUGCUUUCCAAAACCAUUUUUCUGUCUCCUUGUUAAUUGUAAAACUCUAUUUUCAGGGAUGGAGGCAUGUAUUUCCAUGUGAUUAAAAAAAAAGCACAAAACCCAUCUUCAUGUGUUCUAGACCUCUUUUACAUUUUGAUGCUGUGGUGUUUCAGAAAAUAAUUUCAAAUGGUAAGGAUUUUUUUAGAUAGCUUUCCAACAAGCUAUUUAUCAUGAGACAUAAAGAGGUGAAAGUGGUCAAUGGCGAAACUGCAAGUGUAGCAGUGUUGUGGUCUGAAUGUGUGCUGACUCUUAAUCUGAGGAAAUGGAUCCAUUGCAGUUCCAGGACAUGAACCAUAAGGAUCCCUUCUAAAGCACAAUGGCCCCUCUUUUAGUGUGACACUAAAGGUAACAGACAAAGGCUGUUUUGUUAACCCACCCAUGCUGCCCCUGGAGAUAGAAUCCUAUUUCCUUUCAUAAUGCCAUAUCCAUGUCAUUGUUUUUGUAAACAUCAAGGAGCUGGUAUUGCCAUGUAAGCUAACAGAUCUAGGGACGGGAUGUAAAAAAUAAUUACUACUGACUAGUAGACUAAUAUAAUUGCUUUAUGCUUUUAUGCUUUUUACGUUUAAAUAGACUUAUUUAUUUAAUUUUAAUGGUUCUUACAAGGGGUUUGUUCUUUUGUUUCAUUUGGUUCAGAUUCAUUCAAUUUAAAGAGCACUACAUCCGUUUUCUUGCAAUGGCAGCAUAGUAUUUAUUGGUCUAGACUGGUUUCUGUAAGGGGUGGCCCAUGAAUUCUUAUUUCACCAUUGUGCACUUGAGCUUUUUUUGUGCCAUUGCCUUUUGGGAAUCAAUCAAUAAAGUAUCUGAACUAUC